AUGUUUGCAUUGCCAUGUUUAUCUAGCUUUAGAGGCACAUCAGGUAGACUAUCAUGUGUUCUGACAUUCAACAAUCAACCUUGGAUGUCAACACAGUACUUUAAGUUUAAACUGAUAACUAGCGAAAGCAUUAGUGUAAUAGCAACUACUUUUUUACAAGCGUUGACGCCAGAUGGUCAGCAAAGUAUAAAAUAUGAUUUUAUGACAGCUUCCACAUGUCAAUUACCGUAUGGACAAUCAGGAGAUAGAGAGAUGACUAUGGUGAUGAAAGUUGAAUGUGUGGUUAACAUUCCUUAUGUUGACGGUUUUAAUUUCGCUGAUAGUUUUGAUAUUGUCCAUGUUUUAGUUACUGAUUUGAUUAAUAAAAAUUUAGCAAAAAGAGAAGCUAAAGCGUUACGAUACAUUUAUAUAACCUGCUUGUUAAGUGGCUGGGAGGUAAUGAGUCUUUCAAAUGCUGGAACAGACUUUGCUAUAUCAAGAGUU